AUGACCACCCAUCCCCAUCCACCCAGCCCUAUACAACCCUCACCCGAAUCUCCACCAUCCUCAUCCCUCCUAUCAACCAUCUCCGCCCCAAUCACCUCCUUCUUCAAAACCACCAUAUCACCAACUCCUUCCCCAACGCCAAAUCCCGCUACCAACUCGUCCUCAAAUUCGAAACCCUCCAAUCCAAAAAACAAUCCUCCCCUCUCACCUCUCAGCCCGGAAAAGACAUCAAAGUCGACCCGUGAAAAUCAUCCCCCACACCAUCUUGUCGACACACAUCCGCACGCACACACAAAUAUAGAAGCAUACUACACACCUAGCGAAACGCCCACAUUCAAACGUCUCCAGAAGACUCGUCUGAGCGGGACUCGUACGAAACAACUUCUCCGUGCGGCGUCGCGCGCGUAUAACGAUCCGCCGCCGCCGCCGGAAUUGGGGAUGUGUUGUGGGAGUUCGUGUGAUCCAUGUGUGAAUGAGUUGUGGAAGGAGGAGAGGGAUGUUUGGAGGGAGAGAUGGGGGGAUCGGAGGGUGGAGGGUGGAGGGGUGGGAGAUGGGAAGAGUGCAUUGAGUUGGUGA